UUUUUUGAACGGCUCAUUACAUAACUAACACAUAUCCAUGAUUUGUUCAUAUCGCUAGCCAUGCAGAAGGACCCUUCAUCGCUGAUGUGUUAAACCGCUACUAAUGAUGUUUAGCUUCUUUAUUCAAGUGGGACUUUUAGCCUUUGGAAUCUUCACAGACUUGAGUUAUCCAGUGGUAAGCGAGAUUUACGUUGAUGGGAGCAAAGGUUUGAAGCGAGACCCUCACCUUGGCAUCGCGUACGCCAACUUUGUAGCGCACAAAUUUAGUCGCCUGGACUUAACUCCUCUCGUUUCCACGUCAGUAAAGGAGAUAAAAGAGUGCGGUAAACUUUGCCUCGAUCAUCUGUCGUGUUUUUCCUUCAACUACGCGGCUUUCCGCGACAACAUGGAGAGAAAAAUUUUAUGCCAACUUUUGCAAAGUGAUAAAUACAGCGAGUCAAACAUGUUUGCGCCAAGCCCAAUAUUCCAUCACUUCAGUAUAAAGACUCCUUGUUCCAGCAGUCCUUGUGCUAACAAUUCAACUUGUGUGGCAAAGUACGAGAGUGGCGAUUACCAAUGUGCAUGUGCUCCAGGAUAUAGUGGAAGGCAUUGCGAAAUAGGUAUUUCACAAUCAAAUUUACAAUGAUCAUCAUUUAGUUGCUUGUGAUGCAAUGAUGCAGGCUGGCAUAAUGGAAAGCUUAGGUUCUUGUCCAUCAGGCUGAAUGGAUCACUGAGGGCGGUCACUGCAGGUCAUUAGUUUGCUAAGAGUAAAUGAUGAGGCGUUAUCAGCUGUCGCAAAUGCCGUAACAAUAAUCACAAGUUAGAUCAUCUAAACUAUUGACACAAAUAUCGUAAUAAUCGAUCAUUCGGAAGAGUCUGCAUGGAAGCUCGAGACAAAAGUAUCCUAGAAUUAUCUUCGUAAAACACUGGCUGUGUUACGUCAAAAUGAUCUGGUGAAUAAACCGGACGCACCAGUUUGUACGAUAAAAAGUCAAACACGAUAUUCACAUUUUGAAUGAGACUGGAAAAGUUUUGGCACGAUUCCGAUGUAAAUGACACGCGUAUCAAAAAAACUAGCCCUGCACAGAUACAUUUCGUUGUGUAAAGGACAUUUUCUCACCCGUGCUCGGACCCAUAUUCAAUUUCAAAGAAAAACUCGGCGUGGAUGAGGAGAAGUCGCUUACUGAACGAAUAAACGUUUCCGUGCCAGGCAAUUGUUUUUGGUACGUGUACCAUUUAUGUCGGAACCGUGCCAGUAACGCUUUUUAGCGCGUGAAUAACUUAACACUGACCGUCUCAUGCCGCAGACGCAGACUUCUCCAGUAUAUAAAUGCAAUCAUUUAUACUGGAGUCAGUUCAGGAAUCAGAUCUUAGUUUGCAUGCAUUA